GCUGCCAAUUGAAUAGUCAAUAAACUAAUCUUAGGGGUUCAUAUAUUUGUAAAUCUCACUCUGAAGGAGUCAGUGACUCACCAGCCCUGAAACUCACCGCAGGUCACUGAACUUUAACUUUAAUUAUUUUUGAUAUCGAUUUGUUUACUCGCUAACAUAAGGAUACAACUUUCAUCGCAAAAUAUGGUCCAAAAAAACCUCAAAAUGGGCGAUUGUCUCGUCUAGGGGGUCAUAUAUAGGCGGGAGGACCCCAAAAAACUCGACACCUUGAAUAACUAGACGUCAAGACGCGUCGAAUGGUAUAUAAUUUGCAUUUUUUCUCGUACUUUUGAUUCAGGAGGCGCCGAACUAAAAAAAAAAAGUAAUUUCAACGCGUUCACAUGUCAUUCACUUAAAAAAUAAAUUAAAUGUAUUCUUGCAUGAUGCUGUGAACUAUUUUCCUUUAUCUACGAUUUACUUUCAUGAACGAUUCAAAUCUUCCUCAGCGAGAACAAUGCCAAGUGUCAGCAAGUAGUGUGUUGUGCUGUACAGAUCUUUGGCAGGGGCUUUUAUUUUGACAGAAUAGCCUCCGCCGAGGACAGGAAGUUAUUUUUUUAACACCGCUAACUCCUUCGAGGUUCACACGGCCCUACUCAGCUGACUGUACCGGUUCGGCCUGAGAGGCAGAGCUGAUUUUAAAUCGACUGGAGAGUACGGUCCUUGUAGAGUGGUUUUGGGGGAACACCGCAGACAACAGGGAAGUCUAAGGGAAACCGGAAUAUCUGUCUCAAGAGAAGGAAGAGGAGGAGGGGGAGAACUAGAGCAGUAGACGAACCUGUGGAGGAUUAGCGAGGAAAGCCGACUAGGUGAAAUAAAAUGAUUGACUAAAGAAGAAAAACACCGAGAAAGCAAGAAGAGGCUACCGAUGGCGUUCUGAGAUUUGCUCUCGAGUGAAGAACAUCAAAGAUGGUGCAAAAAUAUCAGUCACCCGUAAGGGUGUAUAAACACCCGUUUGAGCUGGUCAUGGCGGCCUACGAACGGCGAUUUCCAACUUGCCACUUGAUUCCUGUAUUUGUGGGCAGUGAAAUAAAAAGUGAAUACAAGAGUGAAGAUGGCUCCAUUGAGGUGAUUGAGAGGCGCUGCAAGCUGGACGUGGAUGCACCGCGAUUGCUAAAACGGAUUGCUGGGGUUGACUAUGUCUACUUUGUGCAGAAGAAUGCACUGAAUCGGAGAGAUCGUACACUGCAGAUUGAUGCCUACAAUGAAACAUUUUCCAGCAGAGUGGUUAUCAAUGAGCAUUGUUACUAUUCGGUCCAUCCAGAGAAUGAAGACUGGACAUGCUUUGAACAGUCUGCCAGUUUGGACAUCAAGUCCUUCUUUGGCUUUGAAAGCACAGUGGAAAAAAUUGCCAUGAAGCAGUACACCAGCAAUAUUAAAAAGGGCACAGAAAUUAUAGAGUAUUAUUUGAAAGAACUUGGGGAAGAAGGAGUCACCUUCAUUCCACGCUGGAGCCCCCAUGCUCUUCCUGUAACCACUGCCACUAACACAGUUUCUACACCAGCAUUAAUUGUCUCUGCUCCAGUCAGCAUCCCUUGCACCUCUUCCAAGGACAGCCAUGCCAGCAAGGAUUCGCAAAGCCUCUCUGGGAGCCCGACUGAGCAGAUGGUUGGAACUCCUGAUGACAAACUGGAUGCAGAUUACAUCAAACGUUAUCUUGGAGAUCUCACUCCCCUCCAAGAAAGCUGCCUGAUUCGUCUGCGCCAGUGGCUGCAGGAGAUGCACAAGGGCAAGAUUCCCAAAGACCAACAUAUUCUUCGUUUUUUGCGCGCUCGUGACUUUAACAUUGACAAAGCUCGCGAAAUCCUGUGCCAGUCGCUAACCUGGAGAAAACAGCAUCAGGUGGACUAUCUCCUGCAGACCUGGAGCCCUCCACAAGUACUGCAUGACUAUUACGCUGGUGGAUGGCACCACCAUGACAAAGAUGGGCGUCCUCUGUAUGUGCUAAGACUUGGACAAAUGGACACCAAAGGCUUGGUCAGGGCUUUGGGAGAAGAGUCACUGCUCCGUCAUGUUUUAUCUAUUAAUGAGGAGGGCCUGAGGCGUUGUGAGGAAAAUACCAAAGUUUUCGGGAGACCAAUAAGUUCAUGGACUUGUCUUGUGGACCUGGAAGGCCUCAAUAUGAGGCACCUCUGGAGGCCUGGGGUCAAGGCACUUCUUCGAAUCAUUGAAGUAGUAGAAGGGAACUAUCCAGAAACCCUUGGAAGAUUGUUGAUUCUGCGGGCCCCACGAGUGUUUCCUGUGCUUUGGACCCUGGUAAGCCCCUUCAUUGAUGAAAACACUCGAAAGAAAUUUCUCAUCUAUGCUGGUAACGACUAUCAGUCCCCUGGAGGGCUGCUAGACUACAUUGACAAAGAAAUCAUUCCUGAUUUCUUAGGUGGGGACUGUUUGUGUGAAGUGCCAGAAGGAGGGCUGGUUCCCAAAAGUCUUUACCGGACUGCAGAGGAAUUGGAGGCAGAGGACAUCCGCCUCUGGACAGAAACCAUCUAUCAGUGUGCAAGUGUUUUCAAGGGAGCGCCACAUGAGACACUAAUUGUGAUUUCUGAUGCCUCCUCUGUAAUCACCUGGGAUUUUGAUGUGUGCAAAGGGGACAUUGUGUUCAGCAUUUUCCAUUCAAAAAAGGAACCUCAGCCAAAGAAAGACUCCCUAAGUGCUCAUGGUAUCACAUCUCCAACAGGAAAUAAUACCCAAUUAAUAGACCGUUCCUGGCUAGAAGGGUUGGACUACAGCCUGGUGGCAUCACCUUUAAUCUGCAAAGAGGGAGAGAGUGUGCAGGGCUCCCAUGUUACUCGCUGGCCAGGUUUCUACAUCCUACAGUGGAAGUUUCAUAGCAUGCCAGCUUGUGCCACCACCAGUCUGCCACGUGUGGAUGAUGUUCUGGCUACUCUGCAGGUCUCCUCUCACAAAUGUAAAGUUAUGCUAUACACUGAGGUUCUAGCAUCUGAAGACUUUCGGGGCUCCAUGACCAGCCUAGAAUCGAGCCACAGUGGCUUCUCUCAGCUAAGUGCCGUCACAACAUCCUCUAGCCAAUCCCAGUCCAGCUCCAUGAUUUCCAGAUAGGGGGGAGCUUGAUCUCAAGUCUUCCUCUGUCUCACACUGCACUCUCAUGAAGCACAUUUCUGCAUGCUAGUCUUACUUCCAAAAUGGCCGCUGGAUGUAGGCCUGGACAUUGAAUGAUACUUUUCAAGGGCUAUUCUUUUCUUUCCACAUUUGUUUAAGAGCUGGUCUGUUACAUUUCCCAUCAGACUUGUGCCAGAGGCCACCCUGGAGGUGUACUCCAGCAUCGUUAUCCCACUUUUCUUUUUGGCUCAAAUAUUCCAAGAUGUUUUGGUAACACAGGGAAUGUCUACUGAGCUAAGAAGUGACAGGAUGUGCAUUGUUCCAUGGUGCAGAAUUGCUGCUGAUGCUCUCACGGUUGAAGUGUUGACUCCCUUCAGUAGUUAUUUUGAAUUUCUCUUGCCUGCUGAACCCAAACAUGAAAGGAAAUCAUAAAUGAAAUAGACGCAUGUUGUUGACACGAGGUGAAGCAGGGGUUUCACAAAGUCAUUGGUGUAGCCAUGGCUACUUGCUUACAUUGUCGUAUGAUUUUUUUGAUUGGCUUCCUGAAGCUCUUUUGUCACCUUGCCUUCUGAUUUGUUUGAUUUGAGUACUGAGAGGCAAGUAGAGCGAGAACUAGACUGUAGACCACACGCUGAAGCUGAUGUUUCUAACAGUUUGUGUAUUUAUAUUGUCGUAACUAACGAGCCAUCUUUAAAUGUUUUGCAAGCUAAUAAAGUUAAUUUGUAUAGAAAAAUGUCCCUGCAAAAAAUGAGCUUGUCUCCUCGUCAAGACCGCAGGAACGAUUUGUGUUUAAAGGGCUAGUGAGGCUAAACCCAAACUAAAAGAUUGUACCGAAGUUUACUUUUAUUUUGCGUCUGUAGUACACAAGCUGGAAAAUCUUUGGAUAAAAGCUAUGCAGGCUCUGUCCCAUGUGGAAUAAUUAGAGGUGUAAUUGAAAGUAUGUGGGAUGAUUUUUAGUUGGUCCCCCGGGUGUGCUUAUUCUUUCCUUACUGAGCAUACAUACGGCAUCAACAUGGUCUUGACUAUCUGAACUUUAACACUCAUUCUAAAUGCUGCCCAGUGGGAUUAAUCUUGUUUAGCCCACCAACCUCCUUUGAUACAGCAUGUGAAUGAGAAUAGAGUCACGGCUCUAUCGAUCCUGUUACUUGUCUUUAGUUUAAUCGUAAGCAUUCUGGCUAAUAACACCGGAAAAAUGAACUAGAGGGACUACCUCCUUUUAAAAAAAAAUCAAUAUCCCACUGUCAGUGGAAGAAAAAUUGGAAUUAAAGAGUUUAUAAAAAAAAAAAAAAAAGAAUAUUUUUCCAAACUUUGUGACUUAGGUGGAAGUUGUGGGGUUCUGGUAGGUUUUAAAGGGUGUCUAGAAGUGUUCCAGUUCUUUACCUUUAAAGGUCCGUGCACUUUAGAUCUAAAGGAAGUGGGAUAUUUGUUUAUGAGUAUUUAUGCCAAUGGUUUUUGAGAAAGAUGUUGUGUCAGUGUUGCAUUUUUGUUCUGUUUUCCUGCUGCAUGGUUUGUGUGAAUGUAUUUACCGUUAUGUGUGUGAUUGUUUUUGCUCCUUACAUCUUAACAUGCCAAAUAUUUCCUGGGCACAAAGUAAUUCAUGACUGAAAUAUGAAUUUGUCUCUUCAAUCCAGCAUAUUCCCAACCUCAAUCUGUAUUAUGAAUUGGCUUAUUUGUUAAGAAAGCUGUAAAUAUUUCAGGUUAGGUCAAAUGCACAAAAGUCUAAAUUCAUUAUAGAAAGACGUAGAUGGUGUAGUAGGUGAUGCUCCGGCUAGCUUGAGAGUUUUCAAUAACAUAUUUUGGCAAAGUUUUUUUUUUUUUUUGAGAAUAUGGAAGACUCCCAAAAUUCACAAACUACUCGGCUUUUUAGGUGAGGAGGAAAUUGUUCAUAACUUUCAGGAACAGUAUGCAUUUGUUACAGUGAGAGCAAGGGCUGAGGUUAUAAACGCAGAUGGUCUUCAACUGAAAUCACGACUUCUCGAAUCACAACCCACUUGACAUUACCCCAGUCUCUUAUCACAUGCGACAGACACAUCAACAUGGCAGAUGUAUCAGAGUUGCCUCGUAAGUGCAAACAACUUUAUUUAUCGACCGGUAAACCAAUAAUAUCUUGUAUUCUGUGAGUGAAAGCGGCUAAUGAAUAUUUCAGCAAGCCACUGUAACAUCUUGCUGCCAAUCUUGUAGAACUGACCUAUGGGCCAGAGCUGUGGUAGAAGCAGAUUCUUUUCCUCACUAGUUUGGCCCUCUGGUAUUUUGGUAUCCUUAUCAGGAUAUCAACUUUAGCGCACAAACAUUCCAAAGUCCUUUACAAACCCAGGGAAACAAGCUAGGAAACUGCUUCAGAAAAUAGCAGUCUUGAACCAUUUUUAAUCGUCUCUCUCUCUCUGCUUCUAUCGUUCAUUCAUUCAUUCCUUUCAGCUUCAUGUGGAAAUGGUGAGGGGGGUCUCCUCUCAACGUUUAAUGUUUUUCAUUCAAAAUGAAUGUUGUGUUAUCAUAUUUUUUGAAAUGAAAGGAGCUCUCCCAAACCCCCCCAUGUGGAAUGCCUUUUAAAAUGGCUGAAAUGUGCCUGUAACUGCCUAAUCUGAGAAUGGCGAGUGAGCUCCACUGUCCAUGCCAGCUACCCGCUGCCACCCCUAACGGACUGCAGUCCAAUCCACAUAAACAAGGCUCCAUCCCUCACGCUGUGCCCCGAGGGCCGUCCUCCUUGUGACAUUUUAUUUUAUCCAUGACAGACAGUGCGUUGCACUUCCCCAGCAAGAGGAGGGAAUGACACUGCAUGGAAUCGGGACAGUUGUCAGACUUCUCUAAUAGACAUUGUAAUUAUUUACUAGUUAAAGCGUAUAGAAUCAUUUACUUUUUGAGGAGUCCUUUAAUCCAAGUCUAAAUUUUAUCAAGCUACAAUGGUGCUGAACCGCGUGACAUUUCACAUGUUGAUCAGUUUGUCUGUUUAUUUUUUAAUAUAUAUUUGUUACCGAGUGAUCAAGCACAAGUACUGGUUACACGUUGGCUAAUAAUGUACAGGUUACACAUUGCAAAUAAAACUUGAACUUGAA